AUGACCGUCUCACCACUUGAUGCGCUUCUGACCACCUUUGAUCGGCACAUCGAUUCGUAUUCAGCGGCAGCAGCAGCACAGCGCUCAGCGGCCUCUACCAUUGCCGGUCCAUCCUCGCUCAAUCUCCGACGCGAUGAAGUUCGUCGCAUCAUUGCGCCCUCAUCCACUUCCGACGGUGGCAGCUCCUCGGCCGCCUCAGAGCUCCAGCUCUCACCGCUCGAGCGAGCCAUCUACUACGAAGUGGAGAACCGACGGCACACUCUUGAACGCAAAGCCCAGGAGCUCGAUUUUUGGGAAGCGUAUGAGAGGGAAUUGGCGGACAAACCGAUGAAGAUGCCCACCAGCUCGUCGGCAUUGGAGAGGCAGAUCAUGGACAAGAAGCAGAGGUUGAGAGAGCUGGAGGGUGAGAACAGGCUCAAAGUGGAGACGACGAGAGCGCUAGAAUCGAGCGCCGUGAUUCAGAAAGUGCUUUCAACGACAUCGCCUCCCGCCAAGAAGGCGAAGGAGGAGGGACAGGAUGGCCAGCAGCAGUAUACUUCGACACGGAAAUUGCUGAAUGAAAGAGAUGACCAGGCACUCGGGUUUCUCAGAAUCUUCAACGAGACGCGGGCGAUUAAGCUGCAGAGGGUAGAGGUCAAGGCUCGCAUUCGAGAACAACGCCUAGAGACCAUGAAGCUGCUCGAAAACAUCAAGACGAUCAAAGCCGACAUCCGCAACCGCCAAUUACAUCCGUCUGGGUCAGCGGGACGCCAAGACUCGGACGCCUCGCAGGAUCUGGCCACGGUGCAAAAGGUUCAGCAGGUUCAGCGCGAGAUCAACGAGGCAAGGUCCAAGAAGGAGCUCGUCAAGGGCAUUUUGCGCGGAUUAAUCCUGGAGUCCGGCCGGGACUGGACCAAGAACCCGUCGACAAGAACCUUGAUGCUUUCGCUCGACGACGAGGACGAUGCUUCCGACGACGCGUUUAGCGAGGAUGAGGAGGAGGGCGAGGAGCAGGCGGAUGCGGACGAGGAGGAGGACGAAAAGGCGUAUGAUGAGGAAGUCGACGAAGACGAAGCUAUUGACCCGCUGCUUCAGGAUGCAUAG